AUUCUAUUUUUCCAUCCUAACGCGUAAAACUGGGGCACGAUAAAGUUCACUCAAAUAAGCAAUAAAAACAUCUAUUUGUCAUCCCUCACGACAAGAUCCAACAUGCAUCGCACAAUGGUUUCUCGUUGCUGUUUCGUCCUAGUUUUUCUCACCUGCAUUGUGGGCGUCACCACUUUACAGCGUUGUCGUGACUGUGACUAUAGAGGCGAAUCGUACACGUCACUGACUGUUUUCGGGGUUCAGCUUUCCAAGUGUCACUUCCAGAGAUGUUUCUGCCGCUGUAGCGGAUCUGUGAACUGCCCCUUAUCUCAGAGAAGAGUCACGUGCAAGGAUGAGUGUAUUAUGUGUAGAAAUCCAUUCACCGGAAAUCAGUUACCGCCCUUUACCACCUUUCGGCACAGGUCUAGAACGCUUGGAUUGUUGAACUGUGAAUGUGGAUGCCACGGGUCUUACUCUUGCACAAGCGCAUAUGGAUAGAUCGGAAAACAUGUGUACUCAAAUGAUACGAAUGCACAACUCUGUUUGAUUCAAGAUAAGAUUCUGUUAAAUCAUGAUAAAAUUUAUUGCAAGGCGUGGUAUGUUUUUAAUAUGACAGUUUAAAGUUAGAUGUAU